AUGACACCUUUCAUGAGCAUCGCCUUACUUGUUGCCCUGUUCUUGCUCAACUCAGAUCGCAUUCAGAAAGCCAUUGAGAUAUGCAGCGAAUGUUAUGGAAUUAUGCUUUAUAAACUUGGCAAAAGCCUAAAAGCAAAGGAAUAUGUUGAGAAGGCCCUUGCCAUAACAACCAAAAUUGGCGACAGAAGCGGAGAAGCAUCAUGUUAUGGAAACUUAGGUACUGUGUUUGUGUCGCUUGGCCAAUACGACAAGGCUGAAGAGUAUCUCCAAAAAGCGCUUGUCAUCACAACUGAAAUUGGCGACAGAGAAGGGGAGGCAGCUAACUAUGGAAACCUAGGUACUGUGUUUAAGUCGCUUGGCCAAUACGACAAGGCUGAAGAGUAUCUCCAAAAAGCGCUUGUCAUCACAACUGAAAUUGGCGACAGACAAAAGGAAGCAUCAUGUUAUGGAAACCUAGGUACUGUGUUUAUCUUUGUUGGCCAAUACGACAAAGCUGAAGAGUAUCUCCAAAAAGCGCUAGUCAUCACAACUGAAAUUGGCGACAGACAAAAGGAAGCAUCAUGUUAUGGAAACCUAGGUACUGUGUUUAAGUUGCUUGGCCAAUACGACAAGGCUGAAGAGUAUCUCCAAAAAGCGCUAGUCAUCACAACUGAAAUUGGCGACAGAAAAGGGGAGGCAGCUAACUAUGGAAACCUAGGUACUGUGUUUAUGUCCGUUGGCCAAUACGACAAGGCUGAAGAGUAUCUCCAAAAAGCGCUUGUCAUCACAACUGAAAUUGGCGACAGAAAAGGGGAAGCAUCAUGUUAUGGGAACCUAGGUACUGUGUUUGAGUCGCUUGGCCAAUACGACAAGGCUGAAGAGUAUCUCCAAAAAGCGCUUGUCAUCACAACUGAAAUUGGCGCCAGACAAAACGAAGCAUCAUGUUAUGGAAACCUAGGUACUGUGUUUGAGUCGCUUGGCCAAUACGACAAGGCUGAAGAGUAUCUCCAAAAAGCGCUUGUCAUCAGAACUGAAAUUGGCGACAAAAAAGGGGAAGCAUCAUGUUAUGGAAACCUAGGUACUGUGUUUAUGUCCGUUGGCCAAUACGACAAGGCUGAAGAGUAUCUCCAAAAAGCGCUUGUCAUCACAACUGAAAUUGGCGACAGAGAAGGGGAGGCAGCUAACUAUGGAAACCUAGGUACUGUGUUUGAGUCGCUUGGCCAAUACGACAAGGCUGAAGAGUAUCUCCAAAAAGCGCUAGUCAUCACAACUGAAAUUGGCGACAGACAAAAGGAAGCAUCAUGUUAUGGAAACCUAGGUACUGUGUUUAAGUCGCUUGGCCAAUACGACAAGGCUGAAGAGUAUCUCCAAAAAGCGCUUGUCAUCAGAACUGAAAUUGGCGACAAAAAAGGGGAAGCAUCAUGUUAUGGAAACCUAGGUACUGUGUUUAUGUCCGUUGACCAAUACGACAAGGCUGAAGAGUAUCUCCAAAAAGCGCUUGUCAUCACAACUGAAAUUGGCGACAGAGAAGGGGAGGCAGCUAACUAUGGAAACCUAGGUACUGUGUUUAAGUCGCUUGGCCAAUACGACAAGGCUGAAGAGUAUCUCCAAAAAGCGCUAGUCAUCACAACUGAAAUUGGCGACAGACAAAUGGAAGCAUCAUGUUAUGGAAACCUAGGUACUGUGUUUAGAACUGUUGGUGAUUUUGAAGCUUCGGAAGUAUGCUUGGAGAAAGCUUUAUUCAUAUCCAGAGAUAUUGGAGAUGGAAGGGGGGAGUUCGAAAUCCUCGGAAGUUACGCCGUUUUGUAUUUAUACCAAUAUAAAAUCAAAGACUCCCUGUCGUGUCUUCAUCUGUGCAUUGAAAAGUAUGAGGAGCUGAGAUAUUUCUUGGGCGCCAAUGAUCAGUUCAAAACAUCAUUUCUGGAGGACACAGGAAUAUUUCCUUACAAACUGCUUUGUACUUUGCUUUGUGACAUCGGAAAUGCUCGGGAUGCUAUUUAUGUUGAGGAGUUGGGUCGAGCUAGAGGCCUAUCAGACUUAAUGGCAGAGAAGUACUCGGUUGAAACGCACAUCUCUGCUAAUCCACAAUCUUGGUUUGGCAUUGAGAACAUUUUAAGAAAGAAAAAAAACUGUACUUGUCUGUACAUUUCCUAUGAUCAGAAUCGUCUGCAUUUGUGGAUCUUGAAAACAAGUGGAGUCCUUCACUAUAGAAGAGUAUCACCAGAAGAGAAUCUAGUUCAGGCUGGGUUACCCAAAGAUUUGCGUUUGAGUCAAUUUUUGGAUGAUAAUUUCCGGAGUCUUGGUAUUUUGCCCACUAAAGAUUGUGAAGAUCGGUCUUUAAAUACGAUUAAAUUGCAACCUCUCUCCCCCGCGCAAAAGAGCUCAGCAAGAUUGCGACUCGUGGAGGAGGACGAGGACGAGGACGAGGAAGAGAAAGUGAUUUCAAGUCUACAUUUGUGUUACAAAAUGUUCAUUGCGCCCGUUUAUGAUUUACUUGAUGAGCCUGAAGUCAUUAUUGUUCCUGACCGCAGGUUGUACAAAGUUCCCUUUGCUGCCCUGAGUGAAAAGGAAGGAGCCGAAUACUUGUCAGAGACCCAUAAGAUCCGUAUCAUUCCUUCGUUGACAACACUCAAGAACAUUCAAGAUAGUCCAGAGGACUAUCACAGCAACACUGGUGCCCUGGUAAUAGGCAAUCCCAAGGUUAAUUGGCUGCAACCAUUGCCAGCUGCGAGAAAGGAAGCGGAGAUGGUCGGACGACUGGUGGGUGUUCCGCCUCUAGUUGAAGAGAAAGCAACGAAGCAGGCGGUACUUGAGCGGAUAAGUUCAGUGAGCUUGAUACAUUUUGCUGCCCAUGGUAACGCGGAAAGAGGAGAAAUUGCACUCUCCCCCAUUCCUACUCCCAACAGUCAAAACGCUAUCUCGAAGGAAGCUUACAUGUUGACGAUGGCUGAUGUCUCACGAGUGAAAGUCAGAGCUAAACUGGUGGUACUUAGCUGCUGUCACAGUGGAAGUGGAGAGAUAAGAGCCGAGGGAGUAAUAGGAAUUGCCCGUGCGUUCUUAGGAUCCGGUGCUCGCUCGGUGUUGGUUGCGCUGUGGGCCAUUCCAGACUCAGCAACAAAGCAGCUGAUGAGUCGGUUCUACGAACACCUCAUUGAAGGUGGAAGUGCCAGUGAAUCCCUUCAUCAUGCCAUGAAGUGGAUGAGAAAAAACGGCUUGAACAAAAUGUCUGAGUGGGCUUCGUUUACGCUGAUUGGAGAUGAUGUGAGACUCGACUUUGACACGCAGAGGAAAAAAGACCCCGAUAGAGUAAAUAAUGACAAGUACUCGAAGGGAACAGAGUUAAAAGACUUUUAG